AUCGCCGGCGUUAGGGUUGUUUUUCUCAACAAUGGUGUCUCUGGCCAAGUUUCACUACUGUGAUCAAACACUCCACCUCCGACUCGACACUCACCGUAAACCGCAGCCUAAACCUGUUUCAUACCGAAUCUUACAUAAACCUCCUCCUUCUCGCGUCAUCAGAGCUUCUUCGUUUUCAUCAAACCCUAAACCCUCUUUCCUCAAAACCACCUGCGUGACCUUAACAACAGCCGCCGCUUUACUCUCCGCUUCCCUCCACCUCUCCACCAAACCCGUCACCGCAGCAACUCUCGUCUCACCUCCUCCUCCACCAUCCACGGCGGCGGAUCUCACUUCCGAUCAAAUCUCGUCGCGUCCAAAGGAAGAAGAAGAAGAAGCAGCGCUGGAGAAGCACCUCACUAAGAAUCCAAACGACGUCGAAGCUCUUCAAUCACUGAUGAAAAUCAAAUUCCAAACCAAAAACAUCGACCACGCCUUAGAGAUUCUAAACCGUUUGAUCGAAAUCCAACCCGAAGAACAAGAAUGGCGGAUCCUAAAAGCUCAGGUACAAACCUACGGCGGCGAUUUCGAUUCAGCGACGAAAGGAUUCGAAGAGGUUCUAUCUAAAGAUCCAUUUCGUGUAGAAGCUUAUCACGGAUUAGUAAUGGCUUACUCCGAAUCCGAAUCGAAAUUAUCAGAGAUCGAGAGUAGAAUCAACGAAGCGAUUGAGAAAUGCAAGAAGGAGAACAAGAAAGAUUUUAGAGAUUUCAUGUUGUUGAUUGCUCAGAUUAGGGUUAUCAAAGGUAAUCCAAUUGAAGCACUUAGGGUUUAUCAAGAGUUGGUGAAAGAUGAGCCUAAAGACUUUAGACCAUAUCUAUGUCAAGGUUUGAUUUAUACAUUGAUGAAGAAGAAAGAUGAAGCAGAGAAGCAAUUUGCAGAGUUUAGAAGAUUGGUUCCUGAGAAUCAUCCUUACAAAGAGUAUUUAGAUGCUAAUGUACUCAAUACUAACAAGCUUUUCGCUAAGAAUCAGUGAAAAUUUGUGUUUUUGUUUGAAUAUGCUUAGAAAUGUGACUUUGAACUUUUAUUUGUGAUCACUGCGAAAUUAUUCUACUACC